AGUUAAUUCACGAUUGUAAUUAAAUAACAAUUACAAUAACGAUAAAAUUGAAGACAAAAAAAGUUUAAGUUAAUGUGGUGAUUAGAUUGAUUAUUGUUGUGGGUGCGAUUAUUUGUUAUUAAAAAUGAAAUUGAUAAUUUUGUCCAUUUUCUUCGUUUGUACUAUAACGACUAUUCUUUGUCGACCAGCUGAUGAGCCAAUUGCAAUUCUGAAAUCAGAAACUGAAGGUGUCAAUGCUGAUGGGUCUUAUCGUUUUGCAUACGAAACUGCUAACGAUAUAGCUGUUGAAGAAUCAGGGAUACUCAAGAAUCCAGGAACAGAUGCAGAAACACUAGAAGUAACUGGAAAAUUUAGUUAUAAAUUAAGUGAUGGUACACCCAUUGAACUUACGUAUAUAGCAAAUGAAGGUGGAUUCCAGCCAUCUGGAGCUCACCUACCACAGCCCCCACCAAUUCCCGAUGCAAUUCAACGUGCAUUAGAUUAUAUUGCAAGUCAACCACAAAAAGCAGAAGGCUCUGCACCAAAGCCGUUCUUUGCGAAACCAAAAUAAGUUCAGUGGUAUUCAUCAGAUUUAAAAUAACAGGCAAUUGUUUGUGAAAUGACAUGAUAAUUUCAUCUUUUCGUUGAUUACUUUCAUCUUCGAACCUUAAUUAUACAUAUUCUUAUGAUUGGCUUUUAAAAAUUUCAUUGACGUAUUCUUGAAAAGCAUGUGUUAGAUAUGCACUGAAAUAAAAUGAUAAAUUAUACUCCCUCUCUCCAAAAAAA